AUGACUUCAACAUCUGGCACGGAUCCAUCCCAUACCCCAGAUAUCGUGCCCCCAAAUAAGGUGGCCAUCCCCCGAAUUGCUGGUGUCAAUCACGUUCAGAGUCGAAAGCGAUCAGCCCGUGCGUGCGAACCUUGUCGACACCGGAAGAUCAAAUGCGACGGAAUAAAACCAACUUGUGGACAGUGUGCCUAUCACAAGAGCCGUUGUAAUUAUGAAGAUAUCAAACGAAUUCGCGAUGCGAAGCAAAUCAAGUCUUUGGCAUCCAACGUGAAUCGUUACGAGAAGUUGUUGCGUUCUAUUGAAGGGGAAGUCGAUUCUCCUACAUCUCGCAAAAUCCGAAAGGCGCUCAAGUUCAACGAUGGAGAUCCUUCCGAACAAGCCGAAGGAGACCAAUCUGACUCCUCUGCGUCAGUGGGCUCGCUAGAAGCUGUUGAUGUAGUGGCCGAAGAUUUGAACCGUAACGAGAACACACGCGCAUCAGGAUUUUUCGGCAAGAAUUCUGAGGUUUCGUGGAUACAGCGACUUGAGAACACCACGCAAAGACCUAUCAAUGAUGUUAUGACCGGUUCUGGUAUGAAUUCCGUACAGCGAAACGAUGCGACAAAUGAUACCCCUCUUGCGACGAUGAACUAUCACUUGGAUGAUUUGGAUAUUCCCCCAGUGGACAGACAGUCGGACCCGAGUGUUAUCCCAGCGAGGGAAUUGGCUGAUGAAUACUUCAAUGCGUAUAUGAUCCUGGUCGAUCCGUUCUUUCAUGCGAUUCGCAAGUCGACUUUCACAGCGCAAUAUAUCAAUUUAUUCGAUCGACGGGCGGUGCCAUCACUGAAAUGGCUUGCGAUUUUGAAUAUGAUCUUUGCUAUUGGUUGUUGGCACUGUCGUCUGAUGAAUCAUGAGAAGAAUGAGAUCUAUGACAAUGAGGUGGUCUUCUUGACGCGUGCGCGACAGUUGAGUUUGAAUGGAAAUACUUUGUUUGAGCAUACAACACUGCAACAGGUUCAGUUUGAACUUUUGAUCUCCUUAUAUCUGCUUUGUGAGGGCCAGUUGAAUAGGGCGUCGAAAUUCGCAGAUAUGGCUGUUCAUUCCGCAGUUUCACUCGGAGUGAACCUUCGGUUAGUAGAUGGCCGAGACUACGAUGAAGCGAAGGAGGCCCGCUGUCGACUAUGGUGGUCUAUCUAUUCCCUCCAGCAUCUCCUCUCGUCUAUGCAUGGUCGAGCUUCUAGCGUUGGAGAAGCUCUUUCUUCUUUGCACCUCCCAAUACCAGCCGAGGAGGAAUCAUUCAACCAUCCAGAUAUCAGUCGAUUGUUCCAAGAUGAGGAAGCCCGGGAGAGCGAUCUUUGUGCUAUGCUUUUCGAGAAGCUUUCCAAAUCCCACAGUUCUCCCGCAUGGACCCUAUCAGCACAGCCUUGUCCCUCCCUAUUCUUCCAUUAUAUGGUGGAUCUAGCCCUUAUCUCCCAAUCCGUCCUGAACAAGGUCUACAGCAUUGAGGGUAUACGUGAAGGGUCUACGCAGACAGAAUACCGAAUUCAGAAAUAUUCCAUCCGCAUGGACCGCUGGCUCACAAAGUUACCACCCUGCUACCAGUUCCAUCUACCCGAGGCAGGGCCAUGGCAUCUAAACCAUAGCAUGCUUGAUGAUGAGACAGCUCUUUUCACUCGUGAACGAGUCUGCCUCGCAAUGAGCUACUACUCUGGUCGUAUCACACUAAGCAGACCCUGUCUCAGUCUGAACUACUCCCGUAACCCGGGCUAUUCCGUCGACAAGUCCUCUCGAGAUAAGCUCCGUGCCGAGCUAGCUGCCCAGUGUCUCCAAGCAUCUUGCUCACUUAUCUCCAUCUUCCCCGAUAAAGUCGACAUUGCAUGGCUAGCUCGCGUGACGCCCUCAUGGGCCGUUUUGCAUUUCCUCAUGCAAUCUACCAUCGCCAUACUCCUUGGUCUAUCAUAUGGUUCCUUUGCACCGACAGAUUCGCAGAAUUUAUCAAAUAACCAUAUCCAUGCCAAUGCUCAUGGCCAGACAGAUGACUCCUCAGCCGGGGUAUCCGGAAUUCCGCACCCAACUCUUCUGGAAACGGAUCUGAGUACUGCAUUUGCGAUUUGCAAGAAGGCUGGUUGCUGGAUGUAUGCUAUGGCAUCUGUGGAUGCAGCUGCGAAACGGGCUUUCAUACUAUGUGAUAGUGUUGUCAGGAAGAUCGCACCUAGAGUCAACGUUGAUUUGAAUGGAUGGCCUAGUGUAGCGUUGUUGAUUGAUGAGAUGGGUGAUAAGGGUCGCGGUGAUGAUGAUCAUCCGAUUAUGAGGAUGGAUGAGUUGGAGGAACUAGUCGAUUUUGAGACUACUUUUAAUUCUGAAAUGUGA